AUGUCGGUCAACAGUCGUCAGAGCUUUGACGACAAGAAGGACCACGACUAUGCCGUCGAGGCUGUCGACCCCGCGCGGAUGUGGGACCCCGAGGCGGCCACUGGCGGUCUCCAGCGUGGUCUCAAGAACCGUCACAUUCAAAUGAUUGCCCUUGGUGGAGUCAUCGGCACAGCGCUCUUCAUCGGUACCGCGUCCGCGCUCUCGGACGGAGGCCCGCUCGGAAUGUUCCUUGGUUUCCUCUCGAUCGCCUCGCUCUGUUACGCCGUCAUGGCCUGUCUUGGAGAGAUGCUGGUCCACACUCCGAUUCCUGGAGGACACAUCGCAUCCGAGGUCCCACCUCGGACGUCUCCGGAUCUCCACAACCCACCUGGGCCGAGAUACCGGUUCUCCGAUCCCGGAGUCGCGGACUCUCAUUCGUCCACCCCGUAUCAUACUUCGGAUCAAGCGCUGACAUUCCCCAGCCUCGCCGGUCGCUACUUCUCUGAUUCGAUGAGCUUUGCCCUCGGCUGGUUCUACUGGUACCUCUGGACCAUCCUGUUCCCCACCGAGUGCUCCGCAGUCGCCAUUCUCUUCGGCUACUGGCUCCCGGACGUCAACGCCGCCGCUUGGAUCGUUCUUUCGCUCGUCGUCUGCACUAUCCUCAACUCAUUCUCAGUCAGGGUUUACGGAGAGUCUGAGUUCUGGUUUGCGAGCAUCAAGAUUCUGCUUAUCGUCGGCCUUAUCAUCACCUCGAUCGUCGUUACCUCUGGCGGUAACCCCAAGCAUGAGGUGAUCGGCUUCAAGUUCUGGACCGGAGUCAAUGGCCCCUUCCAGCAGUACCUCGGCAUCCCCGGUGCCCUCGGCCGCUUCCUCGGUUACUGGGCCACCCUCACCCGCGCCGCCUUCGGCAUGGUCGGUGUUGAGAACAUUGGUCUGACGACCGGUGAGACGAAGAACCCCAAGAGCACGAUGGCCAAGGCUAUCCGCCGUGUGUGGAUUCGUAUCGUCUUCUUCUUCUGUGUCACCGUCUUCGUCCUCACCCUCAUCAUGCCCUCGUCCGACCCCCGUCUCAAGAUCAAGACCGGUACCGCCGCCUCGUCGCCCUUCGUGCUCGCCUUCACCCGUGUCGGCAUCCGCGGCCUUCCCCACGUCAUCAACGCCGGUGUCCUCACCUCCGCCUUCUCCGCCGGUUCCGCCCACAUGUACCUCGGCUCCCGUGCCCUGUGGGCUCUCUCGUUCAACGGUCGCGCUCCCAAGAUCUUCCAGCGCACCAACCGCUACGGCACUCCUUACCUCUGCGUUGCCGUUGCUUUCGCCUUUGGUCUCCUCGCUUUCACCUCUGCUGGUGCCACUUCGUCUGCCCAGGUCUUCGACUACUUUGCGAACAUGACCUCGCAGGUCGGUCUCAUCUCGUGGGCCGGUAUCGCCGCGACGUACCUCCGCUUCUACCAGGCUACCAAGAAGCAGGGCUUCAACCGCAAGGAGCUCGGCUACCGUGGCUGGUUCCAGCCCUUCGUCGGUUGGUACACGCUCAUCUUCACCUGCAUCGUCACGCUCUUCAACGCCUGGACCGUCUUCCUCAAGGGUCACUGGGACACUGCCGACUUCAUCUGCGGCUACCUCCCCGUUCCCCUCUUCUUCAUCGCGUACUUUGGCCACAAGUUCUGGACCAAGAGCCACAUGGUCCCCGUUAUGGAGGUUGACCUCGUCUCUGACUCCGAGCCUGACGAGGGUGAGGAGGUCAAGCCGAAGGGCAACAUCUUCGCUCGCAUCUGGGAGGCCAUCGUCUAA